AUGCUGCCUGACUGGAGGGCGAGCUUCAGGGCUGUUCUUCGUGAUGAGAAUGGGGCGUUCCUUGGGGGACUGUCGGGGCCACAGCUAAUAGCAUUAAGCCCUCGAAGCUCGAACGCAAACCUCGAAGGCCUAGCUAAAAUAUCGGUCGAGAUAGUCAUAGACAAGGCUAAUGCCACAUUGAAUUUCAUUGUGGAUCUAUUCAAGAAUGUUUCGGACCCUGUCUUGUACAGAUCUUAUGGCACUUGCAUUGACUCGUAUGAUGCGUCGGUCGAAAGGCUACUGCCGGAAGCAAUUGCUGCUUUGAGUUCUAAAGACUAUGCCACAUCGAGAUACGAUGCGGCGACGGUGGCGAUUAAUGUCAACGCGUGCGAUAAGCAGUUUUCUGAGAAAACUCCUUUUAGUGAUAGGAAUAGACUUGUUCAUGAUCUUUCUCUUAUGUCAGCUGGGAUCAUAGAGUUGUUGGGUUAA